GUCGCUUCAAGGAUAGUCGAUUUGAUUCCUAUAACGACGUUGAAUUUUAUUAGUUAGUGAAAAUGGCAGCCACUUUGUCAUUCCGCUGGCUGGAAAUUCUCGAAAAAGAAUUCGAUAAGUCAUUUGUAGAUUUGGAUUUACUACUUGGAGAGAUAGAUCCAGACCAAUGUGAACUCACAUUUGAAGGGCGACAAAAAAUGACAGCACUAAGUGCCGCUUUUGCUCAACUGUGUCACAAAGCACAAACCAUUUUUCAGUCAAAUGCCAAAAUAGAAGCACAACUGUUGGAUAUGAGGUCAGGCCUGGCCCAGAUUAAAGCCUCUAAGACAAUGCUGGAGGGUGAACUCGGUGAUGUUUUACUUCAGCUACACUCGUCACAGUUACAGAGACAGGCGGAGAAAGGAGUGGAAAUAGAUUCCUCAGUCAUCAAAAAGAAAGUGGAAGAAGAAAUGGAAAAGAGAAAAUCCAAAACAUCCAAUUUAGUCAUACUUGAAUCAGAGAUGACUGAACUUCGACGAGAAAAUGAUGAACUGCGACAGUAUGUGUUGGCACUGCAGGGAGAAGUGUAUGGGGCAAGGUUAGCUGCCAAGUACCUGGAUAAGGAGCUGGCUGGGAGAAUACAACAGAUUCAGCUACUAGGAAGAGAUAUGCGUGGAGCAGAGCAUGAUAAAUUAUGGAAUCAACUGGAAGCUGAAAUUCACCUCCAUCGCCACAAAACUGUGAUAAGGGCAUGUCGCGGAAGAUCUACACGCAAAAAGAAGCUCCCUGUCCCCGCAGGACAUGAUUUCCAAUCACUCAGGAAACAGCAUGGACUGGGAGAUGUUCGUAAGGUCGUUCUCAACAAAGGGGAGGAUGAUGGACUCGGCUUGUCUAUAACGGGAGGAAAGGAACAUGGAGUUCCUAUUCUGAUAUCUGAGAUCCACGAGGGACAGCCAGCAGAACGCUGUGAAUCUCUAUAUGUGGGAGAUGCCAUCUUAUCAGUGAAUCAAAUUGAUCUACGGAAUGCAAAGCAUGCUGAGGCAGUUCAAGUAUUGUCACAACAGCAAGGUGUCAUAGAGCUGGAGGUGAUGUUUGUUGCACCAGACGAGGACAGCGAGGAAGAAAAUAAUGAAUACGAUGAUGAAAAUGGCUUCCGUUACCGUAUCUAUGACGAGGAGGUGCUCAGCAGUGGAAGUGAGGUAGACCGACGGGAACAAAAGAUGCACCAGACGAUGUCAGCCUCAGCAUCAGCCGACGGUCAGCCAAUGUCACCAUCUACACCGAAAUCUCCCAUGUCAACAAACACUAGUCCAGGAAGGCCAACUUUAGAGAGCAAUUCUCCUCAAAAGAGCCCUAUACAUGAGAACGGACAACGUAGCCCGGAACAACUGCUAGUGGGCUCCCUACAGUCCAAUAACAUUCAGGGGGAGGGGUCAGGAGAGGCCCCAACAUUCAACAGUGACUAUCGAUAGGCCCUGAACAAGCAUAAUCAACUUUAAUUUAAUAUUAUGUGUUUAUAUUAUGUAUUCAAGAGGGAUCAAUCUUACUAUUAAUGGUAAAGCCAAGGUUUGUCUGAGGUUUAGAUCACCACGUUUCAACAAUAUGCUGAAGUUUAACAGUCAGACCUAGCUAUUAUGAGUUUAAACGCAUCAUUUAACCAAUAUUUGAAGUAAUUUAUUGGAAUCAAUUUUUUUUUAUGUGAAGUUUUUCGUAAUCUGUUAUCUCAUUUAACCAUGUUAUCUUUGCUUUUUUUAUGGUCUCAGCAGUUCAUGAUAACAAUUCUCUGCUCAUUUAAAAAAAUAUAUACUGGUACAUGUACAUCAUUUUCUGUAGAUCCUGACUGAACUGUACCAUACUCACUACAUAGGUGAGACCAAGUCUGCUUAUAAUUGGAAACAGAAUCAGAGCGAAGCUGUGGUCACAUGUCUUUUAUGUAUAAAGUUUGUUGUCACAAGUCCUAGGCUACAUUCGUGAAUACCAGUUGAAACGGUACGUGUGGCGCAGAAAUUGUCCACGAUAAACGAACGCACUUGGACCAUUCUAUAAGCAGAGCUAAAAAUGCAGUUUCGGAGAAUAAAAAACAAUGUAUCAAGAAUAUUGUGCCCUUCUCUCAAGCGUCCACCGAAUUACAUUAUGUAUCUACACGUGGCUUGACAUUGUUUUAGAAAGAAAUAACGCAAACUGGCAAUAGUCAGCAUU